AUGACGCCGACGAGUACGAGCUCCAGUAUUACGUCGAGCACCAGCAGUUCCGCAACAUCGCUCACAGCCACAACCACGAGUGCAAGCACACUAACCACAUCUCAUACUAGUACUACUGUAACAUCCAUCACGUCGACGACAACGAGUAAAAGCACAUUCACCACCACUGCAUCUAGCACCACAGAAACAACGAUUACAAUGUCAAUGACAAGUACGAGCACGGUCACCACGACUGGUACUAGUUCAACAGCAACAUCCAUCACAUCAACAGUCACGAGCACCACAACUCCAUUGUACGUUGUGAGUAGCAUCUUAUCAUUCCAGAGCACUGGUGCGCAGGCUGACGUCGAGGGCGCCGCAUUGAGUCACGUCGCCGAAACUCUUGGUGUCGGAGAGGACGAAUUGACUCUGACAGUUUCUGGGGUUACACUGAAGUCGGGCGGAACAGGGAAGACAACAUCUUCCCAGUGGGAUGUCGCGUAUGAAGUCGUGGCGGACCAGCACACGGCGGAGCAACACUACCAGGCCGCCGCAGCCAUGAGUGCCAACGCCUCACAGGCCGCGAGGGCAAUGGCGGUCAGUUUCGAGAAGUCGAGUAUCGAUCUCAACGAGGACUCCGUCAACAUUGCUGAUCCCGAGAUUAAAAUUGUCACCGCCACAAUGACAACUGUAACUGGCACGACGACAUCCGUCACUGUCACCGAGACCACUACCACCAUGACCAGCACCACGAGCGUUACUGCCACUGGCACGACAACAUCCGUCACUUUCACCGUCACCACAAUCACCAUGACCACCUCCUCGAGGACAAGUGCCACGGCAACGACGACCACCGUGUCCACAGCAACCGGCACGAGCGUGACAGCUUCCAGCACGACGAUAUCCGCCACUUCUACCAUGACCACCUCCUCGAGGACAAGUGCCACGGCAACGACGACCACCGUGUCCACAGCAACCGGCACGAGCGUGACAGCUUCCAGCACGACGAUAUCCGCCUCUUCUACCAUGACCACUUCCUCGAGGACAAGUGCCACGGCAUCGACGACCACCGUGUCCACAGCAACCGGCACGAGCGUGACAGCCACCAGCACGAUGAUAUCCGCCACUUCUACCAUGCCCACCACCUCGAGGACAAGUGCCACAGCAACGACGAUCACCGUGUCCACAGCUACAGGGACAAGCGACAGUACCACUGCCACGAUUACCACUACAACGACGGCGACCACUGUAUACACCAUGACUGGUACGAGCGAAACUGCCACUGGCACAAGCGACACGGCUACAGGCACACGCGUGACGGACACAUCGACAAUUGUUUCCACACCCGUCAUGGACAUAGCGACAUCGCGCACUACAGUGACCACGACCACCACCACCCUUCUGACGGACACGAGCAUCACAACCAUCAGCACAGCAACGGUGACCUCCGCCUUUACCUUGACUGGCACGACCCCUGCUACUGUCGUUGCCUCCACAGCCACUGGCACCAGCAAUCCUAUCAAAGGGCCAUCCAGCUCCACUCUGCCCAGCACGAGCAACAUGGCAACCUUGACAACCAUAGCAACGACCACGGGCCUUACCUUCAUUGGCACAGGCACCACAGACAUAUUGACCACCACCCGCGCGGGCACAAGUUCCACAGUGACGACCACAACCGCCCUGUUCUAUGUGCAGCAUCGAUUCGUCUUCGCCAGCUCAGGGACGCAGUUGGAGAUCGUGGAUGCAGUGACGGAGGCGUUGCUCAGCAUGUUGAGUGUGACGGACGAGCAGCUGGCAGUGGAGGUAUCCAGCACCGCGGGAUCCCGGGACUCGGAGCGAAGGCUGAGCAGUACAGAGUGGCAGGUGGACUACGAAGUGACCGUGGGUCGCAACGCGGCAGACGCGGUCUUGCUCGCGGCCGGCGAGAUGAGCUCCAGCGCGACGGCGCUGACGCAGGCGCUGACGCAGGCUCUUUCCAGCCGCGGCCUUCAGCUCGAGGCGGGCUCGGUGGCGGUGGAGACGCCACUGCUGGUGGAGGCGACGGAGCUCGCCUCCAGCAUCACAGGAUCAGGCGCCGGUGGUACACCUGAGCCGACCUCUGCAACAGGCGCCCCGACGCCGUCUCCCGCGGCCGCAGCUGACGCCGAGGCCGAGGCAGGCGGCGGCCUGCUCGUCGGCGUGAUCCUCGGGGUCGCGGCCGCCGCCGGCGUGGCCUGCCUGACUGUCGGCGGCUUCCAGGUGGCCAGGCGGCGGCAGUCCACGGGCCCGCGCGCCCAGCUCGAGGACAUCGUCGUCGGCUUGACGCUGGAGGGAGAGCACGACAGCGGGAGAGUGCCGAGGCCCCGCGACGACGGCGAUGAGACACGGAGCGUUGCAUCCUCGAGUGCCGUCGGCACCGAGGGCAACGACGUGUUCUCCCGCAUUGGAGCCAGAGUUGAGCAUAUCAUGGUCCGCUUGGUGAGACGGUCAGGCAAGCAGGCAAGCGGUAUCGAGGUGAAGCAGAUGGACGGCAAGGUGUUGGAGGUCACCGGGGUGGAGGACACUGGGCUCGUCGGGGAGUGGAAUCUGAAGUACCCGACACGGUGCGUGAAUGUCGGUGACCACAUCGUGAGCGUUAACGGCAUCAUGUCGAAUACCAAGCGGAUGAUGAGCGAAUUCGAAGUGUCGUCGACACUCAAUUUGGUCGUCGAGCGUAGUGCUGAAUCUGUUACGAGCGUUUGA